AUGGCUGCCGAAGCAGUGCCACCCCCUCGGGAUGCCGAGCAAGCUCCCGCAGACCAUGUCUCUGAGACAAGUCAAAACGAGAAGCAGGGCUUUACAACCGCUGUCUCCGCGUCCCCGGAUAGCGACGAAGUCUCGGUCAACAGCAGCCUCAGACCAGUUCCUUUGACAUGGAAGCUGGCCUCUGUUGUGUUGGUGACUGCUAUUGGAUUUGGUUCUCAGUGGAGUUCCGGCCUCAGCGGUGCCAUGAAGACAACGAUGAAGAAGGAGAUGAAGAUCAACAACACGCAGUUCUCCCUUUUGGAAGCGAGCGAGGAUUUUAUGGUUACAGCUCUGAUGCUUCUCAGCGGUGUUGUUACGGAUAGGAUUGGUGGCGCAGGUGCCAUGUUAUACGGCAAUUUCCUCUACUCAGCCGGCUCGAUUCUUGUGGCAGCGGCAGCUCAGACCCGCUCUUACAAGUUUAUGAUUGCGGGCAGAGUUAUCCGCUCCCUCGGAGAUAUUGCGACUCAAGUGGCGCAAUACAAAGUCUUCUCGUCCUGGUUUGCCCCCGGCAACGGCUUUGCCUCGACUUUAGGCUUCGAGCUCGGCAUUGGCAAGAUUGGUGCAUUUGCUGGAAAGUCGUCUGCCAAUAUCAUCGCCAAGAAGACGGGAGAUUUCGCUUGGGUAUUUUGGGUUGCCGUUUUCAUGAAUCUCUUCACGAACGUCAUGACGGGCGUGUUUUACUGGUUUACAAAGGUUGCCAAUAGCAAAUUCCACGGCGUCAGCGACCCUGCUACCGGCGAGAGAUUGAAGGAAAAGACAAAGAAGUUCGAGUUGCGUAAGGUCCUCGAGUUACCGUGGGCCUUCUGGGCAGUCAUGGGCUUCUCAUUAUUCGAAACGAGUACCGCCAUUGUCUUCCUGCAGAACGCCACCGAGCUCGCCGAGCAGCGCUUCGGCACAAGCUCCAUCACUGCCGGUUGGUAUAGCGCUACGUUGCAAUAUGCCGGAUUCUUCGUUGUUCCCCUACUGGGAGUCUUCCUUGACCUCUACGGUAACCGUAUCUCAGUCUUGGUCUUCUGUGGCAUUGGAAUGUUUACCUCCAUGUUGCUCGUGUGCUUCGCCAAUACCACCCAGGGCACUGCUGCGAGUUUCGGAGUCUUCGCUUUCGCCUACUGCUUUGGACCAGCCACCAUUAUUGACAGUAUCCGCACGUCAAUGUGGGACUCAACCGUCUUUGGUUCAGCAUAUGCUCUGAAGAUCACGAUGAACAACGCGAUGAACAUUGUCGUCCGCGUCAUUACUGGCGUCAUCCAAGACAACGACAAUAACUCUUACGACAAGGUGACUAUUGUCUACGUCAUUCUUGCUGGAAUCUCGGUGGUCGUUUCUUUCCUCCUGACGUUUGCUUCCUGGAAGUCCGUCGACCUGGGACACCUUCAGUGGACACGCAAACUGCGCAUUGCGCGUGGCGAGAUCCUCAACGUCAGGAAGGAGAGGUUCUACGGGCAGAAUGGCGAGAAGAACAGACUCAUCUCCAAGAGCUGCUUUGUAGCAUUGAUCGUGCUUAUCUUGGGAAGUUGGUGCGGAUACUUCUGGGGAGUUGCGACUGGCAAUAACUCUUGA